UCAGCAAAGGCUUUAGCCAACAGAAUAACAAAAUGGAGGUGAAUUUCUGAUUUGUUGUGGCCACUGUUAUGCUGAACAAAAUCCUGCCAUUGUAUGUGUUAUGAGCAUUUGGUACUAUGCUGAAAGGAGUAAUGAAGAGGAAAGUGAAAGAGCAGAGACAUUAAUUGGUUGGGGGUGGGCGCUGGGGCAGAGCGUGAUGUCUGUAGGAGCUAUGAACCUGUUUCUUUUGGCAGGGCAUUGAGGGGAUUCCUGAGGACCUUAAGUCACUGUACAAGACAGUCUGGGAGAUAUCGCAAAAGACUGUGAUUAAGAUGGCAGCAGACCGUGGAGCACACAUCGAUCAGAGCCAAUCGCUUAAUAUACACGUUGCUGAGCCUAAUUAUGGCAAGCUGACCAGCAUGCAUUUCUAUGGCUGGAAGCAGGGACUGAAGACUGGCAUGUAUUAUUUAAGGACCCGCCCUGCAGCCAAUCCUAUCCAGUUCACUUUGAAUAAGGAAAAUCUCCAGGAAAAUGCAGCAGUGGCUACAAGUGUUAAGGAGAAGAACAAAGCAGCCAUGGUGUGUUCUCUGGAGAACAGAGCAGAUUGCACGAUGUGUGGCUCUUAAACCCAGGAGUGUUGCCUGAGGCUUUGCUGGUGUGCUUUUAAUAUUGGGUGUAGGUAUCACUGGCAACCCAACAUCGAAGGGAAUUAUAGGAACCGUUUCAGUUCACCAGAUCUCAUCUGUUAACAGAUACAAUGUCAUGUGAAUCUUUGCCACAACCAGGAUUUAAAUACAGAACUAACGAGGUCAUUGCUAGGAGAUCAUUUUGUCCUAAUACUUGACAUACAGCUUUUGUGGAAGGCACAGCACCAGCUGUGUAGCCAUUGAGCAGCUUUUGAAUUGCUGCAUGUGGGUUUGUGAGCUUGAUGUGUGCUACAUUGUUGAGUGGGUUCCCUUUGAGAAGGAGCUGCUGAUGGUAUGGUUUGGUUUCAAUGACAGUGGAUUGUGAGCAUUAUGUAUGUCCCAGGUGCUACUGCACUCACUGCCAAAGAAUUAGGUGGGUGGAUUGACUAUUGUUCAACUAUAAGCUCAUGAUUCUUGGUGUAUAUUCCUUGUACAGUUUCUUAACUAUUAUGAAUGGUGAACCAUCAUUAAACUUUCCUAUAAAAC